AUGAGUGUUUUCUUCACACUUUUGUUCCUCUCAUCGUUAGUGUGCAUAUCGAAGCAACAAGAAUGCAAAAAUGACGUGGAAAUAGUUUGCUACUGGGGUAGUUGGGCUUGGUACAGAACGGAAAUAGGACAAUUCACCUCUGACGAUUUGGACACCACCAUCUGUACAAAAAUCAUCUAUACCUUCGCUGGAUUGGACGAAAAGCUGGAAAUAUCACCGUUGGAUCAUGAACUGGAUGUGACAAUGAAGGGCUAUGCCAAUGUGACCAAUUUGAAGAUCAAAAAUCCAUGUUUGAAAAUUAUAUUGGCUGUGGGAGGAUGGAAUGAAGGUUCACAGAAAUAUUCAAUAGCAGCGUACACUGCUGAACGCCGCCAGAAAUUCGCCGACAACGUGCUCAAGUUCUUGGUCUACUACGACUUCGAUGGCAUCGACGUGGACUGGGAGUAUCCCACGACCAGAGGAGGCGUACCUGCAGACGGAGAAAACUUCGCGGCAUUGCUGAGGACUGUCAAAGACACGAUUUCUCCAUGGGGUUUCGCCGUUUCCACAGCAGUCGCCAUCGACGAAACUCUCAUCGGUACCGCGUACAUCAUCAAGGAUAUCGCAGAUACAGUAGACUAUGUGCACUUGAUGGCGUAUGAUUAUGUUCCUUCUACGUCCAACAAGACUGGACUUUCCUCUCCAAUGAGCGCUAUGAAUGAAUCUGUCUCGCUCUGGUUAGACGGUGGUUUACCAGCAAAGAAGCUAAUAUUGGGUUUGCCAGCAUAUGCAAGAAAUUUCGUAUUGCAAGACCCUUCCCAGACAGGGAUUGGUGCUCCGGUAGGUGAAGUAGGACGACCUGGCCCCUUCACCAAAGAAGACGGGUUCCUUGCAUACUACGAGGUGCUUGAUACUUACAAGUAUGUUGAUUAUACCAUAGUAUCAGUUGAUGGUACCAACUAUGCCUAUUUGGACGAUGAGUGGCUCACAUACGAGAAUGUGGAAACUGUUAAACUCAAGACGCAGUAUGCCUUGGACUUAAAUUUGGGAGGAAUAAUGUUGUGGUCCUUGGAUACAGACGAUUUCCGUGGAAAAUACGGAAAUAAAUAUCCCCUUCUCAAUGCUAUCAACGAUGCCAUUCAAGAACACAAAGUUUUUCGUUAUAAGAAUGUCAUUGCUUCUUUCAGAUCGAAUUCCAGAAUAAGCAAAUGAACAUGUUCAUACACGAAUAG